AUGGAAAAUGUGCACUUAACCAAGAGUGUCUACUCCGCAAAACACGUUGACGUUGGAGAUGAAGUCUUUGCGAAGAGGUAUGAAGAUAUGAUGACGUACAAAGACGACAAAUCGUUCAAAUAUGUUUCUUCAUCCCUUCCAAAUCCAGUCGAAUUGACUGUGGGUGAGUUUCACAAGUUAGUUGACUCAAUGGCCAGUGGACUUUAUACUAUAGCUCAUAUAAAAAGAAAAGAUGUUGUUUGUGUAUUUCUCCCCAACUGUGUAGAAUAUUUGGUUGCUGAGGCUGCUAUUGAAGCGUCUGGAUUUAUUAUGAUGCCCCUUAACCCUUUAUAUAAAGUGGAGCAAUUACUUAAUUUAUUUAAAAAGGUGAACCCCGCUUUAAUAGUGACUAAAACAUGUAUGGCCCCUCUGGUCUAUGCUGCAGACGCAAAGAUGAAAGUUCUUUCCAUUGAUGCACAAGAUGAGGAUAUCAAUAAAAUGAAAGAAAACGGAAAAACGAUGUACAGCUACUCCGCUUUUCAAAGUGAAGAAACAGACUACAGCAAACUGAAAGAGGAAAGAAACCAGAUAUUACCAUCAGACUCGUUGUUCUAUGGUCUCACUUCGGGAAGUACUGGAGAACCCAAAGUGUGUGUGUAUGAAAAUAAGUCAUUCACUGCUAAUAUUAUUUUGAACUCGUCUAUGGUCGACCCUUCUGUGAGGCGCACACUGAGCUUUGUCCCAAUGUUUACAACAACUGGACAUAUUGUUAUGGACGGUGUGAUACUAAAACGAUAUUACUACGUGUUCACUGACAAGUUUGAUACCGAGAAAAUAUUUAAAAUAAUCCAAGACGACAGAAUUACUAAUGUCAAUGGUGCUCCUCCUGCAUUUCUUGCACUUUUGAAACACCCAAAUAAGUCGAAGUAUGACUUGUCGACAUUAAGAGAAGCUGUAAUUGGUGGAGCUGUAACAACUGACCAAUUCCUUGAAAGCAUUAAACAGGGGUUACAUUUAGAGUAUUGUUCUGGUGGUUAUGGGAUGACUGAAUUAUGUGGUAUGAUGUACAGAAUGCCAGCAAAGUCCGUUAACGUUCCAUCUGGACCAAUUACAAACUACCAAGUCCGUGUUGUUGAUCACGAGACAAGAGAAAUUCUCCCAAUCGGCUUUGCAGGAGAACUUGAGGUGAACUCUCCAAUCAUGAUGAAAGAGUACUUAAACAACCCUAAGGCAAAUGCAGAAUCUUUUGAUAAAGAGCGAUGGUUCAAAACAGGGGAUGAAGCAGUUUUGGAAGAAAAUGGCUUCAUGAGAAUCACUGGGAGAGUCAAAGACAUGAUCAUUCGUGGGGGACAUAAUGUCUGGCCGAUAGAGAUCUGUGAAGUAUUGAAUAAGCACCCCAAGGUACAGGAGAGUGCAGUGAUUGGUAUACCAGACAAGAUCCAAGGAGAGGCAGUUGUUGCGUUUAUUAUAGUCAAAAAAGACCAAACGUUUGACGAUAUCGAAGGUGAAUUAAAAAGUUAUUUGAACCUUCACUUAGUCCCGUUCUCCAUUCCAACAUUCAUUUUCCCUCUUCAAGAAUUCCCAAGAACUUCAUUUGGCAAAUUGUAUGCGCCGAAGUUGAAAGAAAUGGUGAAAGGACUUAUAGAAGAGAAGUGGCAAAUGGCGAUUGAAAAGAACACGAAUAAACCAAAGACUGAAGCUGGAAAAGAGAUCGCAAAGGUGUGGAGUGAACUCUUUGAUAUUCCGAUUGGUGCGUUGUCGAGAGACAGCAACUUUUAUAUCUUGGGAGGAGACUCUUUUGUUGGUGCACAGACUGUGGCUUAUGUCAGAAAACAUGUGAAAGAUGCUCCUUUCAAUUUGUUGAGUAAUAGAGUGACUAUAGGAGAGAUCGAAGACUAUAUUGAAAACCCUACUUCAGACGCCAACUGUCACAGUUGUUCUUUAAUGACUGAUUUGGAAGUAUUAACUUCACAGAGCGACAAAGACCUUUUUGGAGAACUUCCAGAGAAAGACGACACAACCAGACAAAGUGUUGUAGUGACUGGUGCUACGGGAUACCUUGGAAUCUAUAUAGUCAACGAAUUAUGCAAAUGUGCAGAUACAAAGAAAGUGUACUGCAUUGGCAGAAGUGCAAAUAAGAGUGAAUUAGACAAGAAGAUGAACGCUAUGCUUCGCAAGACGGGACUUACUCGCAGUGACAAAAUACACGUGAUCGUUGGUGAUGUCUCAAAAGACCAUAUGGGUGUGGAGGAGAAGUGUUAUCAAGAACUUCAAGACGAGUGUAGAUUGAUCAUUCACUGUGCUGCUGUGGUCAAUUGGUCGAAGUCGUACGAUCAAUUGAAAAAGGACAAUGUCAAUGGAGUUGUGAAUGUUAUUAAAUUUGCUGGGAAAAGAGCACACAUAUGUUACAUUUCGACUAUAGGAGCUGCUUUAAACAGAGACGAGACGAUCUCUGAAAAGGUUCCAAUUGGUGCAUUUGGGUAUAUUCAAUCGAAAUGGAUGGGUGAGAAAGUUGUAGAAAAGGCGCGGAGUGUUGGGUGUAGUAUAUCAGUCAUUCGACCAUCUUUCAUUAUUGCGGACAGCAAAACUGGGAUAUGCAACACUGAUGACUUUGUGUAUAAAAUGCUUCGGUUGAGUGUUUUGAAUCAUAUAGGAUUUGGUGGCGUAUCACUUCCAUUGACUCCAGUCGACAAAGUUGCACAGGUCACCGUCAAGAAUUGCGACACGAAUGCAGUGAUCAACAUGAUACCAAUGGUUUCAACGAAAGUCGAGACUUUAUUUACUGUUUUGGAGUCGAUGAAUUACACCUUAGACACUUUGAGUCUUGAGGAAUGGAAAUCAAAAGUCGUUGAAAUUGCUAAAGAAGGGAACUCUGAGGCUAUGGCAUUGUUGGCGUCUCUUGGAGUCAUUUCUUCUGGAAUGUCUGCGGGUAAUGAAUACCUCAAAAGUACCAAUCAACAGCACAGUCUUGAUUUUGAUGACAAUGAGAUUGCCAUCAAUUUGAAGACUUUAACGGAAAUGGGAUUUUUCAAUGAAAAUUUCCACUCUGUCCUUUCAAGAACUAAGUGA